AAUAACAUGAUGACUCUUACAAGCUUCUCUCUUCUGCUCCUGGCCAGUGCAGUCUUUUCUCAGGACAUAUCAUAUGCUGAUUUUCUCCAGCAAGUUCAGGCAUGUCCAAAGGAAUGUAAAUGCCCACCUAGCUUUCUGAAUGCCGUGUACUGCGACAGCAAGGGGCUAAAAGAAAUCCCCCGAAUCCCUCCGCACACCUGGUAUCUGUACCUCCAGAACAACUUGAUUGACACUGUCCCUGAAACGUCUUUGAAGAAUGCCACACAGCUGAAGUGGAUCAAUCUGAACAGAAACAAGAUUACCAACAAAGGGAUUGACAAGGAUGUGUUUAACAAAAUGAAGAAUCUGCUUUAUCAAUAUAUGGAAGACAAUGAGCUAGAUGACAUUCCAGGGCCCUUGCCUAAAAGCCUUGAACAACUACGUUUAUCAAGGAACAAGAUCUCAAAAAUACCUGCAGGGGUCUUCGAUGGUAUGGUUAACCUCACCAUGCUUGACCUCCAACACAACAAACUUGAGGAUGGGGCUAUCCCAGAAAACGCCUUCAAGGAGCUGCAAAACCUUGUCCAGAUCAACCUGGCUAAAAAUAAUCUCAAGAAGAUGCCUUCUGGCCUGCCAGCCACCACCACUCAGUUAUUCCUGGACAACAACUCCAUUGAGAAAAUCCCUGACAACUACUUCAGCAAGACUCCACAAGUUUCCUUCCUGAGGCUCAACUACAACAAGCUGGUGGAUGGAGGUCUAAAGAAGAACAUCUUCAAUGUCUCCACCAUGCUAGACCUGCAGUUAUCUCACAACCAACUCACCAAGGUGCCUCCCACCCACCCAAGCCUUGAGCAUCUCCACCUCAACCGCAACAAGAUCAAAAGUGUUAAUGGAACCAUGAUCUGCCCUAUGCCAAUUGGCACUAUUGAUGACUACUUCCAUGAAAAAACACCUAAUCUGCGCUACCUUCGCCUCGAUGGAAAUGAAAUAAGACCCCCUAUUCCCUUAGACCUGAUGAUGUGCUUCAGACGUUUACAGGCUGUGGUUAUCUAAACCAGAGCUAAAUCCCCAAACAAAUUAUGUUCUUUCAGGGUUUAAGUGAGGAUCUAUUUGUACCCAAUGUGACUGUGCAAAUACUGAACUAGCAGAAACAAGUGUUCCAGUGUUUACUAGGAUUUAUGUUUUAAAAACAGGAGCAAGUGCCAGGUUAUCUAUUAACAAUAUAGUCAUAUAGGGACAUUGGAUGCUCAUCAAUUAAAAAUGAUAUUUGUGACCACUUAUCUGUAUGCUUAAAGUAAAUCUUCUAAAUGAAUGAAAUGCUCAGAA